AAUGUCAAUUUUGUUUUGAGUCAAAGUUUUUGUAUAGUUUUCUAAGUGAAAAUAACGUGGAUUCCUAACAAGAUUUUGUAUUUUAAGUUUUUUAAAAGUGUUCAAAAAAUAUAGUUUUACUAAACUUGUACUCAAUAAGUUGUACAAAUUAUCUGCUAAAGCAACAAAACAAUGGAUGACGGUGAUGAAAGUUUGCAUCGUUUAGCGGGCACGUCUGGUGAUGCGCCAGGGGGUUUGAUUAUCAAAAAGAAAGAUAAACCGCAGGAAUUUCAGUUUGCCAAACCUUCCUUGUUAGGGUUAGAUAAACUAGCAGCCGCAAAAAGGAAGCAAAACAGAUUAAUAUCCUUUCAAACUGAGGAAAACGAAUCGGAAGAAAGUGAAGACUCUAAGGAUUCUACUGUAAAGGGUCGGAAAUAUAGAAAGCAUAAUGAAGAAACUCCAACGUAUACAGGUGGAUUGUCUGAACAAGCACGUGAACGGAUGCUGGAGCGGUUACAAAAAAAAGAAAAAGAAACCAAAGAAAAGGGUGUCCAUUAUUCAACAAAAGAGGAACAGAAAUUAAGAUCAAGAGAUGAUGAUGAUAGAUCCUACUUAAGUCGUUAUGAUCGUAGAGACCGUGACAGAGAUAGAAGAAGAGAUGAUGACUAUAGGAAAGAUAGAGACAGAAAUAGAGAUUCCGACAGGAGAGAUAAGGAUAGAGAUAGAAGAGACUCGGAAAGAGGUAGUUCAAGACGAAGUUAUUAUGAACCUAGGUUCAAAGAUGAGCCCAGAACUCCAAAUCUAAAAGUCCUCAAACCGACGGACAAAACUGCAUGGGAUGAUGAUGACGAUGACCCGAAAGGUGCAGUAAGGAAGUCCAGUUGGGACUUCCCUACGCCAUUGCCGCGGGACUCGAGCUCCAGAGAUAGAUCACAACGAAGUGAACGGGGAAGACCAUUGAGGGAUAAUAAAGGGAAACUUUAUGAAUACUCUUCAAGAGCAACUCCACAUAAAUGGGCAUCCACGCGGCGUAUAGUUGAUAUAGACGAUCCGGACUGGGAGGAAGUUGAGAAGAAAUUGGACCGAGCCUGGUACAACAUGGGUGAAGGCGAAACUGAAGAAUCAGAUCCAUUCGCGGGCACAAGUUCUGAGUACAUAGCUCGUAAGGAGGAGCAGAUAGAGAAGCGCCGCAACCGCAAGGUGUCGGCCGCGCGCCAGCAGAUAGACAGAGACAACGAGCUGUGGGAGAGGAACCGCAUGCUCACCAGCGGAGUGGUGCACGCUGUGCAUCUCAACAGCGAUAUGGACGAGGAAAGUGUGGAUAGAGUACAUCUGCUGGUACAUAAUAUAGUGCCCCCGUUCCUUGACGGUAGGAUUGUGUUCACAAAACAACCGGAGCCAGUUAUUCCAGUAAAAGACCCGACAUCAGAUAUGGCGAUGAACGCACGGAAAGGUUCCGCUUUAGUUAAAGCGUUUAGAGAACAGAAGGAGAGGAAGAGAGCGCAGAAGAAACAUUGGAAAUUAGAAGGCACUAAAAUAGGUAACAUAAUGGGCAUACAAAAGGAGAAAGAAGAGAUAGAAGACGGACCAACUAGACAGGCGUACAAGUAUGCUGAACAUAUGGAAAAAGAAGGUCAGGAGCCGGAGUCGAAGUCGGAGUUCGUGAAGAAGAAGACGCUGGGCGAGCAGCGGCGCUACCUGCCCGUGUUCGCGGUGCGCGAGGACCUCAUGCAGGUCAUCAGGGAGAACAGUGUCAUCAUCAUUGUCGGCGAGACGGGCAGCGGCAAGACGACGCAGCUGACGCAGUACCUGCACGAGGAGGGGUACGGCGCGCGCGGCGCCGUGGGCUGCACGCAGCCGCGCCGCGUCGCCGCCAUGGCCGUCGCCAAGCGCGUCGCCGACGAGAUGGGCUGCAAGCUCGGUGAGGAAGUGGGGUACGCGAUCCGUUUCGAAGACUGCACCUCCCCGAAGACGGUGAUCAAGUACAUGACGGACGGCAUCCUGCUGCGCGAGGGGCUGCGGGAGCCGGACCUAGACAACUACUGCGCCAUCAUCAUGGACGAGGCUCACGAGCGAUCCCUCUCCACUGACAUGCUGUUCGGUCUGCUCAGAGAGGUCGUAGCUCGUCGUUCAGAUUUAAAGCUAAUCGUAACAUCAGCCACUAUGGACUCAACCAAGUUCUCUUCGUUCUUCGGCAACGUGCCCACCUUCACUAUUCCCGGACGGACAUUCCCAGUCGAGACAUUCUUCUCUAAGAACGUCUGUGAGGAUUACGUAGAUGGUGCUGUCAAACAGGCUCUUCAAAUACAUUUGCAGCCUGAUGAUGGAGAUAUUCUGGUGUUCAUGCCGGGUCAGGAAGAUAUUGAAGUCACUUGUGAGGUGUUGACGGAGCGUCUGGGCGAGCUGGACAAUGCGCCGCCUUUGACUGUGUUGCCGAUCUACUCACAAUUGCCAGCGGAUCUGCAGGCCAAGAUCUUCCAACGCGCGCCACCCGGCCAGAGGAAAUGCAUCGUCGCUACCAACAUUGCAGAAACUUCGCUAACUGUUGACGGCAUCAUGUACGUGAUCGACUGCGGCUACUGCAAGCUGAAGGUCUACAACCCCAGGAUUGGUAUGGACGCCUUACAGAUCUACCCGGUGAGCCAGGCGAACGCCCGGCAGCGCGCGGGGCGCGCGGGCCGCACGGGCCCCGGCAAGGCCUUCUGCCUGUACACGCAGCGCCAGUACACGCACGAGCUGCUGCCCGCCACCGUGCCCGAGAUCCAGCGCACCAACCUCGCCAACACCGUGCUGCUGCUCAAGUCGCUCGGCGUGCGCGACCUGCUCGCCUUCCACUUCAUGGACCCCCCGCCGCAGGACACGAUCCUGAACUCGAUGUACCAGCUGUGGAUCCUGGGCGCGCUGGACGGCACGGGCGAGCUGACGGCGCUGGGCCGCCAGAUGGCGGAGUUCCCGCUGGACCCGCCGCAGUGCCACAUGCUCAUCGUCAGCGCGGACAUGGGCUGCAGCGCAGAGGUCCUCAUCAUCGUGUCGAUGCUGUCGGUGCCGUCGGUGUUCUACCGGCCGCAGGGCCGCGAGGAGGAGGCGGACGCGGCGCGCGAGAAGUUCCAGGUGCCGGAGUCCGACCACCUCACGCUGCUGCAUCUCUACAACCAGUGGAAGGCCAACAACUACUCGAGCGCGUGGUGCACGCAGCAGUUCGUGCACGCGAAGGCGCUGCGCAAAGUGCGCGAGGUGCGCCAGCAGCUGCGCGACAUCCUGCAGGCGCAGCGCCUGCCGCUGCUCUCCUGCGGCACGCGCUGGGACACCGUGCGCGAGUGCAUCUGCUCCGCGUACUUCCAGCAAGCAGCUCGGCUAAAGGGCAUAGGCGAGUACGUGAACUGCCGCACCGGCAUGCCCUGCCACCUGCACCCCACCUCUGCGCUGUUCGGGCUCGGCAGCCCCCCGGACUACGUGGUGUACCACGAGCUCACCAUGACCUCGCGCGAGUACAUGCACUGCGUCACCGCCGUGGACGCGCGCUGGCUGGCGCACCUCGGCCCCAUGUUCUUCUCCGUCAAGGAGACCGGCAAAUCGAACCGGGAUAAAAAGAAAGAAGCAGCAGUCCACUUACAAAAAAUGGAAGAAGAGAUGAAGGAAGCGGAACAGAAGAUGGCAGAAGAGAAGAGGAAGAGAGACGAAGAAGUUCCCGUGAAGCAGGAGAUAGCGACGCCCGGACUGAACACGCCGCGCCGCACGCCGCACAGACUCGGCCUUUAGCACUGUUUAUACAAUUAUCAAUAAUAA